AUGCCCAUCACCCCUGUAUUGAACAAGAAAUUGUCAAAAAUCUCCUCGACAAACUCAAUCAACAGAAUAUCCUCAGCAAAUUCCCUCUCAAACUCAACAACAACUGCCAUGGUCAUCAAAGAACAAUCCCAAAGAAGAAGGUCUCUAAUAGAUAACUCCAAAAAUAAAUUCCCACAAAACAUAACUGCAAACAAUAGCAUCAAAUCCAAAACAACAAACUCCCCUUCCACUCCCUCAGUAGCUCACACUCCAAUGGCACUCUCAAACUACAAUUACAAUCCAGUCCACGACUCCCAAAAUGACUUAUCGACCCUAAAUGCUCCAUCUCAAAACCAAAGAAUUCCAAAUAACACCACAAAUAAUAAUCAAAAUCAAAAUCCAAAAUCAAUUCUUGCUCACAAAUCUAACGACAACGACUUACAUCGCUCAAAGGCUGUCAAAGUCAAAAAUGGCAUUUUUGUUAGACCUUUUAUCUACAUUGGCAAAAAACUAAAACUCUCCUUCAAAAAAUUCAAAAGGAUCUUCGUUGUCCAUCGCCGUAAUCGUUCAAACAAAACAUUUAAAUCCUCUUCUCAAAAGAAACAAAAACCAAAAAAACUAGCCAGGAAAAAAUUUCAAAAAUCAAACACUUUCACCAACAACCUCAAAUUGAAAAACAAAAUUCAAAAAAAUAACGAAGCAGAAAAUCUAAUCUACUACAACAACAACAUGAUCGCUGUCAAACAAGCCUAUGGCAAAAACACAAUGGUCUCAAGAUCAACCACCUCAUCAACCAGAUCUUCCUCCUCAAACUAUGUCAUUAGGUCAAACUCCUUAUCUCUACUAACUGGUAAAUACCAAAGAAGACAGCCUCCAAACUUGGAAAUCCUAAAAGAAGAACAAGAAGAAGAAACGAUUCUAGACAUCACUCCAAUCCUAAAACAAAACAAGACCCUCAAAAACAAAUACUACGAGAAAAAAUACAAACAUAUCCUAUCUCAAGCUGGUCUGGCAAUCUUACCUGUUCAACGUCACAACUUCACAAGCGCCGAUAAAAAACAUUCAUACAGAAAAUCCUCUUCAUCAAACAACUCAGGCCACAGUUUAUUAAAGGCCAUUGUUUCCAAUAAAUCCCAUUCUCAUUCUCAUUCCCAAUCACAGUUACAACACAUGGACUCCAUUAAAAGCGAGAACGAAAAAACAAAAAACCAAAAAUUUUUGGAACCUGUUAUUGCUAAAAUCAUUUCAAACUCAACCGCCGUAAACAACGAAAGAGAAUUUUCAAGCUAUUCUCAAUUAUCUCAAGCCAACAUCGAAAUGAACAAUAGAUUCUAUGAAAACUUGAACAAAAAACCUGAUGGGGGCUACAUCAACCCCAAAAGAGAUAUUAUUGAAAGAUACGUCAAUGAAAGCUCAAAAGAACUAAAAAUUAGAGCAAAUAUUUCGGCCAAUGGCGAUCUUUAUUCAGCUAAAAAUCAAACAAACAGCAGAGUUUUCACUCCAAGAUCAAGAAAUGUCUCCUACCAAGAUAGCAUUGCUCCAUCUAUUGAAAUCACUGUCAAGAAGACCAGCGAUUAUGCUCCAACUGUUCCCCUAAAAAUCGUCAAGAAAAUGGAUUCCAUUAAAGAGACUUCAAAAACUGACCAAUUAAUCCCAAGUGCAUCAAACAAAACUAAUAUUAGUCUAUCAAGCACAGCACUUAGACUUGCUGGUAAAUCAUACAGGAGUUCUAAGAACCAAAGAGAGGUAUCCUAUGAAACUGAUGGUUAUGAAACUGAAGAAAUUGAAACAAAUAAAAUAACAUCAAUAAAUCAAAAGUUAUUGGACGAGCAAUCGAAAAAGGAAUACGAACUCAUGUGCAAAUAUUGGGCUUCUUACUUGAAAAAAAGUGUGGCAAAUAGAGCCACUUUGAAAUUGGAAUUAUUGAAAAAACAAGAAGAAGAAGCAAAGCAAAAAGAACUUUAUCAGAUGCAGUUAAGACAACUUCAAGAAGAACAGGAAAAUGUUGUCAGAAAAAGGCUCUCAACUGUCCAAGAAGAAUCAUCCAGACCAAACAGCAGACAAGUCUCAGCAGAUUUACAAAGAAGAAUCUCAGUGUUGAGUUCAAUGCUUGGAGAUUUCACUACUGAUGGCGAAACAGAUUACUCUGAUUCUAAUACCAAUUCAAGAUCCACCUCCUACGACAAGACACUUUCUCGCUCGGGCUCCAAGCUAAUCACACCUUCAACAUACACCUCUUAUGAUUCAAGUUUCUCAGAUUUGACCAAAUCAAACUCCAAUUCUUCAGACUCGACUAUCGAUGAAGCUGUUUCCUUGCACACUAUCUCUUCUGGAAGAGAAAGCGGAUAUCAUAUUCCACAGAACAGACUUCAAAAUAGCGAUGAAGAUCUCAAAAAGGUUUCCACAAAUCAAAAUCCUUCAAGAACAAAUUCACAAUUAUCAAGAAAGUCUUUCAUAAUGAAUCAAAUUGCUUCGGCAGUUUCAAGAAACGACACUGUUAUCAUCAACCCAGAACACUAUGGUGAUAGCUACAAAGAACAACAAAGAAUUCUUAACAUGGUAUCUAUUUCUGAAGAACUUGCCCCAGCCAAAAGUUCCAGAUCAAAUUCCAGAACAAACUCAAGAUCAAAUUCAAGAUCAAGUUCAAAAUCGCGUUCAAAGUCACACAUUCAUUCUCACACACUCUCUCAUCCUCACUCUCAUUCUCAAACCUACUCCGAAUUACAACAAAAAUCAAUGGAGCCAUAUCAACAAACAAAUCAAUACUAUGAUGCUAUUGGUCAGCAAUUUGAUUUGCAUUCAUUGUCGUCCAAAACUUCAGGCGCUUCUUCAAGAGCCAACUCAAUUGCCAAUAUUCAACCUUUGAACAAUAAUAAUGUCCAAAUGAUGCUAUCAAGAAGAUACAACAGUGUCAACAAUAUGAAUGGAUACUACAACAAUGGAUAUGGAGGAGCACAACCAAUAAUUCAAAAUAUUCCACAACCUAUUCCUGUCCCUAUGACUCUGCCUGUUUAUUAUCCUUCUGGAUACGCUCCUAACGGCUACACCCCCUAUGCCAAUUCUUCUAAUGUAGCUGGAAAUGGAAAUCCUGGAUAUCAGUAUCAAUAUGCUCAUUAA